AUGGCAGGACUAGACGAAGAUGCCAUAGACGAGGUCUUGUACCUCGCGCGCGCAAACGAACCUUCCGAGCUUGAUUCAUACGUCUCCGAACUGUCCACACAGACCAAGCGACCGAAGGCGGAACUGUUCGCUGCGGCCAUCGACCCAUACUCGAAGAAUAGCGCACUGCACUAUGCUGCUGCCAAUGGUCACAACGGUAACAUUUCCAGUCGUGCGUGGUCGAAAGCCAUUCUCACUAGCAUAGAUAUUAUCAAGUUGCUCUUCUCGACAAGCGCAGAGAAGCCAGAACCGGCAUUUCUAAACGCAGUCAACGAUGCAGGCAACACUCCCCUUCACUGGGCUGCGUUGAACGGCCACCUCGAAAGCGUGAAACUCCUAGUACAGUCUGGCGCCGACGUCACCAUCAUCAACCGAGCGGGCCACGAUGCGGUCUACGAAGCGGAGAUCAACGACAAGAACGACGUGGUAGACUGGCUGCUCGGAGCCGUAGAAGAGCUGGAGAAUGGCAUUGGACAGAAUGACCAGCCGGAAGCCGGAGACGCAGAGGACAACAUGGAUGAUGCAGAUGCAGAAGCGGAGCGCGCCCAAGACAGCAUUGCACCGGCGCAAGGGGUCGCAGCUGAACCGACAGUGGAAGGCGUUCGGAAGCAGAUGGCGGACAUGAGUACCCAGGACGUCGUCUCGAAGGGUGGCUGA